AUGUUAUCCGAAUUUCCUUCUGCAAAAUCCUUGAUUCUUAAAAAAAAUAUAACCAAUUUGAAUUUAAAUGACAUUAUUUCCUGUUUAAAAAAUUUUCCAGUUGCUUUUUCAGAAACAUUAAAAAUAAUAUCUUUAGUUUUAACUUUACCUAUAAGUACGGCUUCUAAUGAAAGAUUUUUUUCCUCACUUAAAAGAGUCAAGUCUUAUAUUAGAUCAACCAUGGGAGAUGAGCGCUUAAGUGACUUAUUAGUGGUUAGUGUGGAGAAAGAAGAGGCCAAUAAAAUCAAUCUAAAUGAUGCUGUAGAUUCAUUUUCAAAGUUAAAAAGUCGAAGAUAUCCGCUAAUGUAA